UUUUGUUAGAGAAAAAGUGAAGGACAAAUAACAGAGCAGAGAGCACGAGAGAGAGAGAGAGAGAGAGAGACAGAGAGAGAGAGAACAACAACACUUUCACUAAAUUACUAAAAUACUCAAAAAGAUUUCUGUUUUGUUUUGUUGGCUUCUUCAAAUCCAUCACUGUCCAUUUUUUCUGCAGGUUUUGUUGUUACCCUUCUUCUUCUCCAUUUCAACAUUUCUCUCUCUUCAGAGUGUUCCCUUUACCCUCUUUCUCUCUUGCUUGCUUACCCUUUUGCUGUUGGUGAAAGAGAGGCCUUGAGGGCAACGUUUUGGGCUUCAAAAUUGAAGCUUUUUGCUAUUGGAGCCUUGAUCUCUGUGAAAGUAGUUCUUUUUCUCAUCUGGGUAUCUCUGAAAGCUUGAUAUGGCUGUGGAGAAUCAAAGGGGUCAUUUGGUGGAUGAAGAUGCGGGCCGUGACAGGUUUCCUGUGGGUAUGAGAGUUUUGGCUGUGGAUGACGACCCUACUUGUCUCAGAGUGUUGGAGAAUCUGCUCCGCAAAUGCCAGUAUCAUGUUACAAUAACUAAUCAGGCGGUUGAGGCGCUGAAAAUGUUGAGGGAAAACAGAAAUAAGUUUGACCUAGUUAUCAGUGAUGUGAAUAUGCCUGACAUGGAUGGAUUUAAGCUCCUUGAGUUGGUGGGACUUGAAAUGGACUUGCCAGUUAUCAUGUUGUCAGCACACAGUGACACAAAGCUGGUGAUGAAGGGUGUUAGACAUGGUGCGGUUGACUAUUUGUUGAAACCUGUUCGAAUUGAAGAGCUCAAGAACAUAUGGCAACAUGUUGUUCGAAGAAAAAAUUCUGAUGGAAAGGAUCAGAAUAAGGCUUCCAAUGAGGAAAGGGGUCCUAAUGUGUCUGGGGGAGGCAGCCAAGGCAUCAUAUCGGAAAACAGUGCUGACCAGAAUAGAAAGCUUGGAAAAAAACGGAAGGACCAAAAUGAGGAAGAAGAUGAAGACGGUGAUGGGAAUGGAGAGGAUGAUGAUCCAUCAUCACAGAAGAAACCUCGUGUGGUUUGGUCUGUUGAGCUGCAUAAAAAAUUUGUUGCCGCUGUUAAUCAACUCGGCCUAGAUAAAGCUGUUCCUAAGAAAAUACUUGACAUGAUGAAUGUUGAAGGGCUUACAAGGGAAAAUGUGGCUAGCCAUCUGCAGAAAUAUAGACUCUAUCUGAAAAAGGCAACCCAACAAGUUAACAUGGUUGCUGCAUUUGGUGGUGGUGAUGCUUACCUGCGUAUGGGUGCUAUAGAUGGCUUUGGAGAUUUCUGCACCUCGUCUGCAUCUGGAAGGAUCUCAAGCGCCACAUUGCCAUCAUAUGCGUCAAAUGGAAUUUUUGGUAGGCUGAAUUCCCCAGCUAGCUUGAGCUUGAGAGGAAUUAGUUCUCCUUCACUAAUUCGGCCAGUUCCGUCUCAAAACAUCAAUAAUUCCUUAAACACACUUGCAACCAUUCAGCCAUCCAUAUUUCCUGCAAAUCAAAGCCCAAGCUUACUGCAGGGCAUUCCAACAUCAAUUGAGCUGAACCAAUCUAAGCAAAAUGGCUGUCCAACUGGCAUAUCGCAGUUAAGUCAAGUUGAUUCAAGUAGAUUUGCAGUUGCUGCCUCUGGCUUCUCAGACAGUAGGGCUACUGUUAGUAAUUCAAACAGUUCUCUACCCGGUGUCUCAAAUAAUCAUUUAAUGUUACAUGGAAAUCCACACCAAACGCAUAAUGCAGGAGCUUUUAGAAAUCAGUCUUCUGUUAGAGCGCCUUCUUUGAGCACAGACUCUUUUGACAUUGGCAUUGGUGGUUCAUCUAAUUUAUUGGAUUAUAAUCGGUGUAAUGAAAAUUGGCAGAACGCAUCUCAGCUGUCUAAAUUCCCUGCCAAUUCUUUACCACUGUGUGAGGCUUUCAAUAAUGAUCAACUGCCUCCAACUAGCAUAAAUGUUUCUAACUCGAGUACUCAUAUUGGUAACAGUCAGGUGGGUUUUUCUUCUGGAAUCGCAAUUGCUGCUCCUAUGGGUGAUGCUAGAAAUGAUCUGCGAUGCCAAGAAGGCUUAAUUGGGAAUGUCAUACAGCCUUCAAGUUACACAGCACGAGAAAGGUGGGAAGAUUACAACCAAAACACAAGUCGUCCCUUCAAUCCUGUGAAUUCACAGGUUUCUCCCCAUGGAGUGACGGGUUCUUUACGGAAUAGCUUAAGCCAAAAUAAAGCAAUGUGCAGCAAUAGUGCAUCUUUGGCUGGCCAUCUAAAUGGUGCUUCCACAUCAAUUGCUCGGUGCACUGAAGUUGAGAAUUUCUCUUCGGACAUGCGAUUGAAGUCAAAUGAGGCCUACAUGUUGGAGCAGAUGAAGUCCCAUGAUGGGUUUAUGCAAAAUUUUGGGACCUUGGAUGACAUCAUGGGUGCAAUGGUCAAAAGGGAACAAAAUGAGUUGACUUUGAUGGAUGGAGAAAUGGGAUUUGAUGCUUACCCUGUUGGAUCAUGCAUCUGAUUUCUUCUUAUUCAGCAUGCAACAAGGAGCAUCAAAAUUGUGAAACUUACUCCUUUCACUGGAGCCUAGUUCAUUAUAGUUUCUCUUUGAUGUACUUUUUUUUUAAUGUUCUGCUACCAAACUUCUCAUUUGCUAACUUUUUUUCUUUUACUUUUGGACAUAUAUGUUAGCUAUCUGAUCCGGUUCAACGUCAAAAAUUUCUGACAGUUUUCUUUUCUGAUAAAUAAUGUGUUAUGAAUGUAUUUAUUAGUUCUUGUUUCUUUCUUA